AUUUAUCUGGUGGAUUUUUACAUCAGUUUAGGGUAGUAAUUUAAUAUUUAAUGUUCAGAAAAAUAUUUGUAACGUUAAAAAAAAUUGAAAACUGAUUUCAUAGAGAGGUACACUGCAUUUUGCUCAUAUAAAUGCAAUCAUCUAAAGUAUCAGAGACUUUCAAAAAGAAUCUCAAACAUUUUACUGAGUGCAGAAUUACUAAAUUACUCUCAUGCUUAUGUUCACUGGUUAAACAAACUAUUUGACCUUCUCCAAACUCACACAACUUGCCACUGUAAAAAGUGCACAAGGCAUGUCAUUACUCUAAAGAAGUUUUUUAACUUGAUCUAACUCAAAACAUUUAAUUUUCUGUCUAGUCAUCAGUGUAAUGUAAAACAAUUGUGUUGAUUUAAAUUAAAAGUAAGUCUUGUUGGUGUAAAGUAAAUAAAUUCUUUAAAUUAAAUUAAACAUAUUGCUUCCAAUUGUCACGUGACUUUAAACGUCAUCCCUGGUCCUGCCUGUCCACAUUCAGGUUUCCGCCAUUUUUUUUUAUACCGCAUGGAUGGGCUCGGCGUGGUGAAGCGGGAAUCAAUAAAAUUGAAUCCUUAAGCAUGUCAGGAAGAUCUGCCAAGCUUUUGGUGAUAGUGAGUCAAGAUGAUUCAAGAAAGUUGCUUUUGCCAGAUGGGAUUCCCAAAUCAGUGGAUGCGCUCAUUGAAAAGCUCUAGCAGCACUGAUGAUACAAUCAUACUCUCAAGAACUGCAAGAAAGAUGGCCAGCACUGUUUCAACAAGAGGAGAUUGAUGCCGAAUUUUUGCACAACACAACCUUACCUUUACAGUUAAGAUUUAUGGCCUCUUUGGACAGACAGAGCUCUCAGAUUCUCCAGGUUAUUAGGAGCAAAGGUGGAGUCCUCCGUGAAAAAGCGAAGGACACUAUUUAAGUUAUGGAUCAGAGCCUGGACAUAGACAUCAGAGGAGAGUGCCUGCUGAAGUGCCUGAUCAUGUACCUUUGUGAAGAUGCAAGCUAUCUGAUCGAAGAAUACCAGGCUGACCAGAGGGAGGAAGCAAUGGGUGAAUUUGAAAAGAACACCAUGACACUUUUUGUGACCCGUGAAAGUGAUGCUCUUACUCGUGCACUGGACAUUUCGAUUGUCAUUGACUGUGUGGAAGUACUAAAUGAGUUGCCUUCUGUUGCAUGUCCCUGCGCCAUGAUGUUUGGACUCAUUUAUGCACUGAACUUAAAAUAUCCCGAAGGACUCAAAUAUAUCUUUGAGACCUUUCAAAAAAUAAUCAUGGACUUGGAGAGUAGACAGAUGAGCCGAAGGGUGCCGAACCUGCAGGAGUAAGCAGAUGUGCUGAAGAGUGCAGAACCUCUCUUUAAAGCUACUGGAGAUAACUUGUAUCCUUUGACUCAACUACAGUGUUCUGAUUGCGAUAUAUUUUAGAUGUUGGACUUCUUCAUUUCUUCAUCUUCAUUAUAAAGCAUUAAAUAGUUUACCAAAACAUGAAAGUUCAUACAUUGUUUACUCAUCUUUAAGCUAUUCUAAGUAUUUAACUUUAAUUAAAUUAGGUUCAGAGAAAUUUAAUGACAAUUAUGAGAGAAGUUUAAUUUUUCGGUAAACUAUUUCAUUAAGGUGAAGACUUCUCUUUCAACAGUUGGCUAAUUUGUUACAGAGUUAUUAAAAAGUAUUUAAUUUUACACUGCACAUUUUAAGCCAUUUUUUGGGCCAAACUUGUUUUAACCUCAGAAGAAUUCUUAAGGUUUUGUGUAGUCAGUUUUGAUUGACUGUUCAUGAAAAGGUGUCCAAUGAUUACUGAUUCCUAUGGUGAACUUCCAUUGUAUCCAGGGUCUUUGUAUAUGGAUACUAAAAACUGUUGUACAGUAUAAUUUUAUAAAAAUGCUAUGCACAUUGUAGAAAUGUUUUAUGACAUAAAUUGUCAUGUUUGUUAUGUUUACAUUGUUAGACAGUGUGUAUUUGUACUGUACACAUUGUAAAAAAUGUGGUAUUGACAAAAUAAAUUGUCAAUAGUUUGA